CAAAACUCAAUAUCAUCCAAUAAAGAACCACACCUCAUAUAAGUUAAAGUUGAUAAAAUCAUGUCGAACUUGCAACAAUCGUACAAUGCUGGGCAGACCAGGGGCCAAGCUACCGAGAAGGCCGAGCAAUGGACUGAAUCAGUCAAGGAAACUGCACACAGUGCUUGCGACAAAACUGCUAAGGCAGCUCAGUCCACCAAAGAAUCUGCUCAACACGGGCAACAACAAGCCCCUGGUUUCAUCCAACAAACUGGAGAGUCGGUAAAGAAUAUGGCUCAGGGUGCCGUUGAUGGUGUCAAGAACACUCUUGGCAUCAAUGAGAAGAAGAAAUGAGAAAUCAAUUUGCUCCUCAAGUGUGUUAUUAUUCCAUUUAUUUGGAGCUCUCUCUCUAAAGUUUGAAAAAGUAUUGUUUUUCUAAUUAAUUUGUAAUAAAAUUUUAAUUUUCUUUUUCCCAAAAUCUUGUCAUGAGACUUGCAUAAGUAAUAAAAUGAUGAGUCACCC